UUGCAGGUUAUCUAUUCACACAUAACAAUAAUCGAGGCAUCCACCCUACAUAUUGCAUGCGAUUCUUUACAGGUUGAUCCCACCAACGCACAGUUACAUAGUGACGACUACCUGGUUGAGCGGACAUAUCUAACGGCCGAGUGGAUAUGCCAUGCAUUAAAACCCACUGCGGUGUUUUGCGGUUGGAACAUAUCUGCAUGGGUGCAUCAUAUACGCACACUGUGCAUACGGACCGAUAUCUUCAAUCUCACCGACCCUCCUGGAGCCCCAUUUACUCUCCAUCCCCAUCCGCCUUGGAUGCAAUCAAUCACCAUGCUGGCAGUCUCUAUUGCUGCCAAAAAGUUCCAACUCUCGUGUUAGACUAAUUGGUAAAAAAUAACUGCACAAAAGCCAACAAUUACGAAAUUAUCAUAAAAGCUUAAGCUUAAUUGAAGUAGUUGCAGCAAUUACAAUUUCAAGUUAGGACAUGGGCUUUGGGGGACGUACAAGCGCUUACACCUUGGCUUGGUUACGUAAAGGUGGGUCGACCGAUAAGUGCACCUCCGUUUGCGAGAGCACGGAACCUCCUACUCUUCCUGGAAAGCGUGCUAGCCAUUUACGCAUCGUUCCAAGUAUAUUCUACUACCUCGGGUUUAAGCACGAUCGCAGGAUUCCCGGUAGGCGCACGCCAGGAGCCCCAAGAAGCACUGGUCUGCAAUGCGAAUGACUGCAAAUCGCACUAGUUUCAGAUGUGUUGCACUGGGUGCAUUCACUGGCACCGAAAAUAUCGGCGCUGCUACAAUCAUCUUUAAUUCAUGUUAUAUUUCC